AUGGCGCUCCCAGGUGAGGCGAACGCGCCCGCCCCGUCCCCUUCCAAAUCGCCGGCGGAUGCCCACCCCUCCCCCACCGCCCCGUCGCCUCCUAGCCCCUCCACCCUGGUCCGUCUCUCCCCUCACGCUCCGGGAUUCCUCUCGGACGAGCAGCGGCGGCUUCUGCGCGGAUCGGCGUUGAUCUCGGCGCUGGAUCUGGAUCGGGCUCCGACGCCGCCGUCGACCUCCCCGCAGCGCACGCUUCGCCGGCCGGCCUCCACGUCUGAGGAGGUCCCUGACUCCGCUCCUGCCUCCCCCGGCCACGCCAUCGAGGGGCCCCACCAGCAAGAUCUUCUCCCAGGUUUGACCGGAUCCGCCAUUAACCCUCCUUGCAGGCCCGCCAUCAAUUCCGUCGUCGUAGCCUCCCCCAGCUAUCUACAGGGCUUUCAUGGCACGUCAUCUCCAUCCGCGGCGCCCCUGCCCCGAGACGCAGAGGGAUGGGUCGCUGCCUCGCCGCGGCGCCGCACGCGACGGGACGGGCAUUCAUUGCCGCUUGCUGGCAAAGCUACCUCGCCACCGGCCGUCCAACGGCUCGCCCAAGCGGAGGCAGCUGCUCUCCGCUUCAAAAAGCGCACGGAGGGCCUUUGUGCUCGUUGCCUCGCCCCAGCUCACCACCACCUCGCCUCCGCCUGCAGAGAUAAAGUGCGCUGCCUCUCCUGCAACUUGUCCGGGCACAAGGAACGCGCCUGCCCCCUUCGCCAAGCCGCGCGCGCUGCAAAGAAAAAGACGCCGACCGCGCCUCCGCCGCGCCCGCAAGCCUCUUCGCCGGCCGCGCCUGGAGCUCUCUCCUGA